CUGCCGGCCUCCAGGCAGACCGCGCCCUUGAGCAAAGCCUCUUGGGCCUCAGGCUUUCAGAGCCUGAAAAAAACAAACAAAAAACCCCCCCAAAAACCAACCAUAGCUACCAUUUUUCGGAACCUCUUGCCAAACACAGUGUUCAGCGUUUAACGUACUUCGUCUCAAGGCUCCCAGUUCCAUUUUGCUGAUGAGCAGGCUGAGAGGCAGAGAGGUUGUGACUUGCCCAAAGUCACAGAGCUAGUCGUGGGGAGUCCUAGGAACAUUCAACACAGGGAGGAAGCAGUGGCUGCCAUGGAAGAGGAUAAGCUUCCAUCUGGGGAAGGUGGUACUGCCUGGGACCCCAGCCUGGAGCCUGAGGAAGAACCUGGAGUCCAGAAUGGAAUGACACACAGUCAGGACCUGAACAGUAGCUAUAACAGCCCAGGGCAUGAGAUGAGGGGCACUCUAGUGGACACUGAGGAGUCCAUGCAGGGCCCAGACAUGGCCCUUCGUGGCCUCAGCCUUGGCCUUUCCUUCACCAAUGGCCCAGUCCUGGGGCCAGACUCAAAUACUCUAGAAGAUUCUGCAGAGUCCAGGGCCUGGAGGGUUGGUGGGCUGGCAGAGGGGGACAAUGCUCCCAGGAAUUUCUGUCUGGACACUGAGGAUCCUCAGCUGGGCAAGAGAAGGCCUACUGAGGCUGUGGUCUCAGCUCCUGCUGGAACUGGGCAGAAGGCAGCUGGCUGUGACUCCAGCUUUAUCUCUCUCAGGCUGGGUGGCCCCGGAGAGCCAGAUGUGCGGGAUGGCUUCAGUGCCACGUUUGAGAAGAUUGUGGAGUCGGAGCUGCUGAGGGGCACCCAGUAUAGCAGCCUUGACUCCCUGGACGUGCUGAGCCUCACGGAUGAGAGUGACAGCUGCGUCAGCUUCGAGGCCCCCCUGACACCUCUCAUCCAGCAGCGGGCCCGCGAUAGCCCUGAGCCAGGGGCUGGCUUGGGCACUGGGGAAAUGGGGCCUGAGGGGGACAUGGGAGCAGCUGGUGGUGAUGGGGAGCUGGGCAGCCCCCUACGGCGCUCCAUCUCCAGUAGCCGAUCAGAGAAUGUUCUGAGCCGCCUGUCUCUCACAGCCGUGCCCAAUGGCUUCCAUGAAGAUGGACCCCAGGGUCCAGGUGGGGACGAGGAGGAGGAGGAGGAGGAGGAGGAGGAGGACACAGACAAGUUGCUGAACUCAGCCAGUGACCCCAGCCUAAAGGAUGGCUUUUCAGACUCGGACUCAGAACUUAGCAGCUCGGAGGGUCUGGAGCCUGGCAGCACAGACCCGCUGGCCAAUGGGUGCCAGGGGGUCAGUGAAGCUGCUCGCCGGCUGGCCCGUCGCCUCUACCACCUUGAGGGCUUUCAGCGCUGUGACGUCGCCCGGCAGCUAGGCAAGAACAAUGAGUUCAGCAGGCUGGUGGCCGGGGAGUAUCUCAGCUUCUUCGACUUCUCAGGCCUGACUCUGGACCGAGCGCUCAGAACCUUCCUGAAGGCCUUCCCACUGAUGGGGGAGACACAGGAGCGUGAGCGGGUCCUUACCCACUUCUCUCGCCGGUACUGUCAAUGCAACCCAGAGGACAGCACCUCGGAAGAUGGGAUCCACACACUCACCUGUGCUCUGAUGCUGCUCAACACGGACCUGCACGGACAUGUGAACAUUGGCAAGAAGAUGUCCUGCCAGCAGUUCAUUGCCAACUUGGACCAGCUGAAUGAUGGCCAGGACUUUGCCAAAGACCUGCUGAAGACUCUUUACAACUCCAUCAAGAAUGAAAAGCUGGAAUGGGCCAUUGAUGAGGAUGAGCUGAGGAAAUCACUGUCUGAGCUGGUGGAUGACAAGUUUGGGACAGGCACCAAGAAAGUGACACGGAUCCUGGAUGGUGGGAACCCCUUCCUGGAUGUCCCGCAGGCUCUCAGUGCUACCACCUACAAGCAUGGUGUGCUGACUCGGAAGACUCACGCUGACAUGGAUGGCAAGAGGACACCCCGUGGGAGGCGUGGCUGGAAGAAAUUCUACGCGGUGCUCAAAGGGACCAUCCUGUACCUGCAGAAGGAUGAGUACAGGCCUGACAAAGCUCUGUCUGAGGGCGACUUGAAGAAUGCCAUUCGUGUGCACCAUGCUCUGGCUACCAGGGCUUCUGACUACAGCAAGAAGUCCAAUGUGCUCAAGCUGAAGACGGCUGACUGGAGGGUCUUCCUCUUCCAGGCACCGAGCAAAGAAGAAAUGCUGUCCUGGAUCCUUAGGAUCAACCUGGUGGCUGCCAUCUUCUCAGCCCCAUCCUUCCCUGCUGCUGUCAGCUCCAUGAAGAAGUUCUGUCGGCCCCUGCUACCCUCCUGCACCACUCGCCUCUGCCAGGAGGAGCAGCUGCGUUCCCAUGAGAAUAAGUUAAGGCAGGUGACUUCAGAGCUGGCUGAGCACAAAUGCCAUCCCAUUGAGAGGGGAGUCAAGUCCAAGGAGGCUGAGGAGAACCGGCUGAAGGAACACUAUCUCACUUUCGAGAAAAGCCGUUAUGAGACCUAUAUCCACCUCCUGGCAGUGAAAAUCAAAGUGGGCUCAGAUGACCUGGAGCGGAUUGAGGCCCGGCUGGCCACCUUGGAAGGGGAUGAUCCUUCCCUCCGCAAGACACACUCAAGCCCUGCCCUCAGUCAGGGCCACGGAACUGUGACUGGCAGCAAAACUACAAAGGAUACCACUGGGCCUGAUACUUAGCUGGCAUUGAUAGGCAGGCCUCAGAGGCAGGCAAGUGUUGCCAGACGGGUCAGUGAGCACAAUUCCAGCCAGGGGCCACUUGUACCAGCUCCAGGCAAUUGACAGGCAGCCAGAGGGGUGCAGAGAGCCCCAUGGGCCAAGGAGACGGAGAUGCUAUUCAUGGCGUUGGUCUUCUUGCAUCCUGGGGUUUAUCUGGGCCUCAUACUUUCUCCUCAGCCCUCAUGUUCCUCUCCACCACGGAGCCUCAUUUUGUAGGCCAGUUGUGUGCAUGCUCUAGACACGAUGUCACUGGAGAAGGAGGAAGGGCAGCUGACUUUGCAGACCCUCCCCUUCUCACAAGUUCCUGUCAUCUCCCUGUUUCCAUUCCAAGGGCAGGUCUGGAUCCCUACCUGUUCUCCUCUUCCCUCCUCAGACUUGACCAGCAGCAGGUCGGCAGACCACCAGUACCAUCCUCUCCUCCCUCCACCCAGUAGCUUCUGCAACCACGCCUUGUUCUCCUGCCUCCCUUUGCAAUAAUCCAGGACCUGGGCCUGCUUCCUCAACGUCAAGCUGUCUACUCGUGUGUGCAUUCACCUCACCUUCCAUUUAUAGAGGCCAUUACUGCUUUCUUUUAUAUGGACAAAAAUGUAUAUAUAUAAAAGAAUAUAUAUAUGGAGCUCCUUUAGAGAUGAUUUUGGAAUUGAUAUCAAAAUGAAAGAAGAAGGAAAAGCCUAUACGAGAACUCCACCUGUUAGCAAGGAGGGCUGCCAUCUGGGCUAUUGGUAGCCCAGACACUCUGGGAGGGAAGGUGGAGAUAGUGCUGACCUCUUCUCCCCCCAUUUCCCCUCUUCCGGCUGACCUGGGACUUCCACUGCUCUUCCAGUUGAUGCUUUGGAAUGAAUAGACCGUGUGUGCAUAUGCCACCCCAUCUUGUUCCACAGGCAUUCUGGGGUAUGAGUAGGGUGGGACCAUGGCCCUGUUUAUAUUUUGGUCUUUAUGUUGGUGCUCUGAAUUCCAGAGGUGGCUUCUUUUUUUUUUUUUUUAAUUUUUAUUUAUUUAUGAUAGUCACAGAGAGAGAGAGAGAGAGAGAGAGAGAGAGGCAGAGACACAGGCAGAGGGAGAAGCAGGCUCUAUGCACUGAGAGCCCGACGUGGGAUUCGAUCCCGGAUCUCCAAGAUCGCGCCCUGGGCCAAAGGCAGGCGCCAAACCGCUGCGCCACCCAGGGAUCCCCCAGAGGUGGCUUCUUGUACAGAUCUACUGCUACAGGAAUAGAAGAUACUCUGCCUUGCAAACAGCCACUUGUCAACAAGCCCAAAGAUGUUUGGUGGAGGAGGGUUAUGGAAGCCAUUAAUUUCUGCUCUUGGGAAAUGGUGGAGUAAGAAGUUGCUGAUUGUUUUUUAAGUUGACAUUUCUUUCACUCUUCUGGUGACCCAGGAAUGCUAGCUAAGGACAGGCCUGGGAAGGAGAGAAAAAUUUGCCAUGUGAUGACCACCAACUAGUAUCCUGUAAGCCCUGAAUUCCUUAGACUGACAAGUGGUGGGGGUGAUGGUUCCUUUAAUGAGCUAUGAUGAGCAGAUCCUUAUAUAUUUAAAGAUAGGUUAGUUUGGGCAGCAAUUUGACCUCAGUGGUAACAUAUUUAGUUAGUUGCAAGGUUGACUUGUCUUAUUAAGUACCUAACAUUUACAAGCACGCUCACAUUUGAUACAAGGGAUGACGUAUGAGUCUGUGGAAAUAUGUAGUGAUUUAAAUCCAGAUUAUUUAAUUUGGAUCCACUGAAGUGUAUUUUAUAACCAAACCAUCUGGCCCCUUAAUUUUGCUGAGGGGAAGUAAAUGUUCACUUAAAUGAAAUCGAAAGAGCAAUGUAACACAAAAGAGCUCUCUGUACUUUCUCCAUUCUGGCUCUAAGGUCUUUGAUUUUGAGGGUCAGCUUCCCACCUUAAUGAGGGUGGAUGAGUGAAAGCAGAGGAGCAACCUUCUGUCUGCUGCAGACAGAUAUGCUUCCCUGAGCACUAGUGAUGUCUCCCAUCAGUAAAAAAAAUCUGUUGGUCACUUUCUUAAUUGUAUAAUUAUUUAUUGUAAAUUAUAUACAUGUACUACUGUACUAAAAUAUGUACAUUAUAAAACAUACACAAAAAUAGAAAUUUAAAAAGAUGAGAUGAAAAUAAAUCUAAAUCAGAGUUCUAA